CAAAAAACAGAUCGGCGCAAAAGAAGCCUAAUGAAUAAAGCGUACCAAUAUGGCAGGAUAUGUGAUGCCGAUGUAUUUGUCGGAAUCAGAUUACGAAAAUCGGGCCGAAUGUUUACCUUCGCUGACACCAAGGGAUUCUGGUCUUCUUUUGUCUCGCAACUCGCUUUGUAUUAUCCAACACCAGUCCAUCAAACCGAAAAGAACUUCGAAAUAAUCCAUGAAAAAGGGGAGGAUACUAAUUCAGACGGCCCAAAAGAGGCUAUUACGGAAAGGAAAAUAGAGCAUUAGUUGGGCAAGGGUCAUCGAAAGGACCUAUCUGACUAAGCCGCAGCAAAGGAUUUUGCUUUCUAUGCAUGUGUUAGAUGGGAAAUUUGCAAUAGAGUGUAGAGAAUCCAUGUGGAGUGGGCAAUACACCUGUACAAUAGCAAUACCCAUAUUGCUAGUGUAUAUCCACAAAUCAAUUGUGUCAAGAAUGAUAAAUCACCUAUUUUGUUC